AUGGGUGAAACGGUGCAAUUACACCAGGUCAACAUCGAUUACGCUAAACGUACUCUCCUCUAUACAAAUGAAGAUGUCAUUGCUGCGGAGGAUAUGGAGAUCUCUGAGAAACUCAUCUUAGCAGCUAUUCACGAAAACAUCAACGUGCAAAAAUUGCAGAAACGACUCCCAAAUCAGAAGAUUAUCAGAGACGAAAAAGGUAUCAUUCGAUACAAGUCACGCAUUCAGAACGCCAAUUUGCCAUAUGAUGCAAAAAUGCCAAUUUUCAUUCCGAAUUACUCGGAACUAGCCAGGCUAAUCAUUCAUGACCUGCAUUAUGGAAACGCACACUGCGGCAAAGAACAGACAUUAACGCUGGCAAGACAACGAUUUUGGAUUCCGCAGCCAUCUAGAAUGAUCAAGAAAUAUCUACGUACAUGUAUUACGUGUAAGAAAUGCCACGGAUUGCCAUAUGGAGCACCAGAGAUGCCACCAUUACCAACAGAUCGGGUAAUAGUAACCAAACCCUUUGCCAAUGUUGGAUGCGACUAUAUGGGACCAUUUGAGUCAAACGUCAAACAGAAAAUGUACGUCUGUUUAUUCACAUGCCUCACUACCAGGGCUGUGCACCUUGAAGUGGUCGAAAAUUUGUCAGCGGGUGCAUUUUUAAGCAGCUUCAUCCGUUUUAUAUCUCGAAGAGGUGUUCCAAAACUCAUCCGAACUGAUUGCGGAACGAAUUUUAAAUUGGGAUCAAAAGUGAUUGAAAAUUUGUUCCUAGAAAAUGAUGAAAAUGGUAGCUCCGUGAUGAGCUACAGUGCCUCAGAAGGCAUAAAGUGGAUUUUCAAUCCACCUGCUUCACCAUGGAUGGGAGGCGCAUGGGAAAGAAUGGUUGGCUCCGUGAAAAGAUGCUUUCAAAAAAGCAUUGGACGUAAAAAAUUGUCAUUUGAACAAAUGACUACAGUAAUUUCAAGAAUUGAGGCGAUAAUUAAUACUCGCCCGUUGACAAAAGUAAGUGCAACGGAUCUUGAUGAAAUACCGAUAAGACCUAUCGAUUUCCUACAAGGAAAUCUAAAGUACUCUAUUCCAAGCACGCAGUUACAGUGCGGUAAUGGCGAUACAGUAUAUGAUCCCGAGUUGCUUCAGACAGUUGCGCAAGCACAGGAAGCAUUAAUGUUUUCGGAAACGAUCGCUACAGUAUUUUGGGAGCGAUGGAACAAAGAGUAUCUUACAUCCUUGAGAGAUAACCAGAGAGUGCUACUAAAACAACCGCGGCACGUGAAAAAUACACCGCAAAUUGGAGAAAUUGUACUUAUUGAGCAAGAAUUUCUUCCACGUGGUAACUGGAUGUACGGCAAAGUACUAGAAACAGUACCAAGUGCAGAUGGUCUUGUAAGAUCAGCAAAACUCCUUACGCCAAACAAAAGAGUUAUCCAAAGACCACUCAACAAGUUGUAUCCCUUAGAAAUACGUAGUUCUGUGGGAGACUCACAUUUAGAACUCGAAAAAAACUCCACUUCUGAGCGGGAGAUACACCAGAAAGAAAGAGUAGAUUCAGCAGAAUCAUCUUCCCGCAGAACUCGUCCAACUAGACAAUCGAAAACACAUGCCUUAAAAGUCAUCCAAGAAUUUGAAAGAAGUCUUGACCGACCUUCUACUUCUUCAAGUAGACAGGUAUCCACAUAUCUGCUGAUGGCUAUGUUGGCAUUAUCAACUAUAUGUCCAGUGACAGCGACAGACAUGAGAACAACUCAAUAA